UCAUGUGGGUUUCAUCCACAUGUCACUGAAAUGAUUCGAUUUCAAUUGUCACCGUGUAGCUGUUAGGGAAGUGAAGAAAAUGACAGACAGCACACUCUGAGCUUAGUCAUGUCAUUUAAAGUAGGCCACUUCUAAUAAUAACCCAGACCGCCUGAGACCCUGCAAAACAAAAAGAGAAUAAACACGCUAGAGAACCCAAGGACACUUAUUCAGACCAACAGAAAUGGAUGACCUUGAACAGGAUGGCAUUAAUGAAGAACUGAUUGAGUUUGCUAUUCUGGAGAGCAUUCAAGAUGCCUACAAGCUGCAAUGUUCAGUGCCAGCACACAGGAAACAGUCAAACAGUGAAAACCUUAGGAAGAUAAUGACGGCUAUUGAUAAAGGUGAUGUAGCUGCACUGCAGGCACUGUCGUGCUGUGCGUCUGCCUUCAGAGAGAGUGACAGUAGGGGCUGGCUGCCUCUGCAUGCAGCAGCAGUACUACCAAAGACAGAAAUGCUGCAUGUGGUGCUGCAGGUGAUGCUAUCCAUGGACAUGACCCUAGAAAAGCAGACAAAGGAUGGGGACACAGCUCUGACCCUGGCAGCAGAGGCUGACCAGGUGGAAAACAUCAAGCUGCUGCUGCAGCACGGAGCCUCUCCACACAAUACAAACAGCAGGAAUGAAUCUCCUCUGCUCAUCGCAGUGAGACAGAGUUCAUACAACAGUGUUUAUUCAUUCAUCCUGGGUGGGGCCUUUGUGGAACAGGUGUGUCUCAAAAAGUGGACAGCAACUCAUGAAGCUGCAAAGGUGGGUUGUCCAGCUAUUCUGAUGCUGUUGCUUCGCCAUGGUGCCAAGGUUACUAUUAGAGACGGUCAUGGUGUGACUGCUAUGGGAAUCGCAGCUGAGCACGGCAAGACUGAAGCCUUAGAAAUACUUAUACAACAUGGUGGUGAUGUGAAUGCCCAGGCCAGCAAUGGGGACACAGUCCUUUAUGAUGCAUCUGGGUCAGGAAACCUGGACUGCGUCAAGCUGCUUCUGCAGCACGGAGCCAACCCAAAUGUGGCCAACUACGCCUGUCAGCUGCCCAUCCACAGAGCUGUGUAUGAAGGGCACAUACUAGCCCUAAGAACUCUGAUCCCUGUCACCACGAAGAGAGCGAUCCGUCUCUCAGGCCAGAGCCCUGUCCACUCUGCUGCUGAUGGGGGGCAGACCGAAUGUCUCGAGCUACUCAUCCAGAAGGGUUAUGAUGUCAACGCCCAGUUAGAUAAACACAUCUCUGAGAACUAUAGCGACCUGAGGAAGACUCCUCUGUACUUCACCGUUUCUAAUGGCGAUGUGACCUGUGCUGAGAUGUUGCUGAAAGCUGGAGCAAGAACUGACCUGGACCCUCUCCGAUGCAUCUUGGUUGCUGUACGGGCAGAAAGGUAUGAAUUGGUGAAGCUGCUGCUCUCCUACGGAGCCGAGGUGAACUGUUAUUUCCGUGUGAUCAGCAAUACAGUGUUCCCCACCGCCCUUCAAUAUUGCCUCAGAGACCAGGCCAUGUUGCGAUUGCUGCUCAACAAUGGCUAUCAGGCUCACAAGUGCUUUCAGUGCUGCCAUAAUAAAAGUGAAGACAUGGACAGUACCUGGACUGACCUUCACAAUCAGGCCUACAGGAUAUACUGCCAGCCUAAUGUCAUCCCAUUUUGUGAGUUUGUGUCAGUGUCAUGGCUGGCCCAUCUGGCUGGCAGCGUUGUAAGGAUACUUCUGGACUAUGUCAGCCACAUCAGCAUCUGUUUCAACCUGAAAUGCAUCUUGGAGAGAACUCCACAGUGGGAGGAAAUUUCUGCUAUUCUGAGUGAACCCCGCUCCCUGCAGCACUUGUGCCGACUCGUCAUCAGAGGUAGAAUGGACAUCAGGAUGCUGAAUGACCCAGAGGCCAUGGCAGCUGUUCCUUUCCCUCCCAGACUGAUCAAUUACCUGACCUACAGUGAGGACGACCUGAAUGGGGGACUCUAGUGAUGACAAGCUCUGAUCUGCAUUAACUCAUUAUGAAUUUUGUAAUAAGUGUGCAUUUAGUGCCUUUUUUUUUUUUUGACAAAAGUGUGUUGAAAAUCUGUAUUUUCCUGUAUUUAUAUUCGUACUGUACACUUGUAAAAGUAGAACCAGCACACCUGAUAAAUGCAUGUAUGGCGAAUAAAAUAGGUGAUAUCUAUGCCCAGAUCUAAAUUUGAGCUUGGCCUAUUUUGCAAAGAAUAAUGUGCAAAAAUGUUCAGUCUCCAAAUAUACAAAGCUUUUAGAGUGAUACUCUAGUGGAUUUUCAGCUGUAAUUCAAUCACAAAGUACCGCCUCAGGGAGGAUAAAUACAAAUGAAUGUGACACUUUUUAAGUCCCUCUUUGUAAAGAAAAAAUAUAUAUAUAUGCUUUUCCUCACACUUCACAAUAAUUUAUUUCACAUGAAAUCCCAAUUUUAUUCUAUUGUAAUUUCCUUAUAUAGGACAUAAAAUAUAAUUCACAUAAGUUAAAAUAAUAAAUUCAAAAUCAAUGGAAGGACAUAGUCAGCAAUUUUUUAGUAACUAAUAUCAACAGUAAUAUUUGUUCUUGAACAAAACUUAACAAGAUCACAAAACCCUUCAAAUUGAAAAGGAAUAUUCAAAAAACUUGAUUUUUACAGUUUUGUAAAAAGUUCAGAUCUUUUUAAACCUUCCUGCUGCAAAUUUUCAUCAAAUCUUCCUGAUUUAUGAAUAGCUUUCUGAAUUUAUCUUACAAAAACAAAUGUUUGAAAGAACUUAUGAGGUAGUCAUGAUAGUGGCGACUGUGACUCAGUAGUCGUCUUGCAAUCAGAAGGUUGUGGGUUUGAUUCCAGCUUCCUCCUGCCAUAUCUCGAUGUGCCCCUGGGCAAGGCACUUAACCUCAAGUUGGCCUACUGAUCUGUGUAUCAGUGUAUGAAUGUGUGAGCGUUAGUGAUUGAGUGAAUGUGGCUCUAGUGUAAAGUGCUUUGAGUGAUCUGUAUGACUGGAAAGGUGCUACAUAAGUUUAGUCCAUUUACCAUAGGAACAGGUCACUGGUGGAAAUAAACAGGCAUAAAAGAACCAGAAGAGCUAAUCAGGGGAAAUGUGGAGCAGCUGUGGCAGAGGGAGGGCAGAGCAGCUGAAGGAAGUUGAGUAAUUUGCCAGAGCAGAAACAGAAAUACAAGAAAACCCAGGGAAAAUAUCUAACGUAGAUCCAUCAAAAAAUAAUUCUAGUUGAAUGAAGAACACCAGAACAAAAAACAAUGAGCAGACAAGGAAAACACCUAACAAAAUAGAACACAAAGAAAUAAAAGUAAGAAUGCAAGAACUGAAGAACAGAAUGCACUGAAAAUAAAUGGUCAAAAUACACACCCAACUGAAAAUCAAAACCCAAAUACCUCAGAACCCUGACAGUGUUGCUUUUUGAAAUCUUUCAACCUACUUAAUGUGUCAAACAGGUUCUAUUUAAGUGAUUUUUUUGAUUCUAAAGGUCAGGUAGUAAUCAGGCCAGUGUUUGGCAAGUGAAAUUGAACCAGACAAUGUGAUUGUUCACAGUUGAUUCAUGAUUUAAUAAGCAGGACAAUUACUUUUUCACAUAGGACCAGGUCAAUUGGGAUAUAUUUUUGUCACUUGAUAAAUUAUAUCAUCAUUUGAUAACUGCAUUUAAUAUUUUGUCAGGUUAUCUUUGAUACCAAAAACAUUUAAGUUUGAUAAAAAAGCAAAUAUGUCUCCACAGUAAUGUACUUUUAGCAAUGUAGUUUCAUAAAAUUAGGCAUAUUUGCAUUUUGAAGUUUUUGUUAUAGUUUGCUUAGAGCUGCUAACAAUGUUCAACAUAUAGCACAUAUAAUUCACUCCCUAAUAAAACUUGAUGAAAUAUGUAA